UGGUCAGUUUUUAGUUGUCACUCUUCAGUUUUCGGGUUUGUUUACUUUGGUCUCGUGCCCAGAUCAGAAUGCCGUCGGGCCUCGCGCGCUGCGUGCUGUGUCAGCAGUCGGAGGAGGAUUCGGUAACGGGACCGCUCGCUACCAAGGAGGACGUCACGGCGCACCACAACUGUCUCCUCUACGCCUCUGGAAUCUACUGUGUGAACUCGCCGCUGUUCGACGACCUGUUCGGAUUCUCAGUGGAGGACGUGAGGAAGGAGAAGAGGAGAGGAAAGAGACUGCGGUGUGUAGAGUGUAAGCUGCCCGGUGCUACUGCGGGGUGUGAGGUGAAGCGUUUUCUGGCCGACGCCCACUUACAGGCGGAACACAACACCGGCCUAUACCAGUGA